AAUGUUACAGUGCGAUAAAAUAUUUAGAGAUAAGUUAUUUCUGUAGUGAGUUAGUUUUUUUAUUUUUAUAAUUUUACAAACAGGUUUUUAUUAAUAAUUCCUCUCUUUUUAAAGGUACAUGUGAUGCGCUUAGUUUGUUGACAUGCGCAUCUAAUACGCAGCGGUGACUCUGCUAAUGUCCGUCUACGCCGCGCGGUACGGUUUGAGACCUCAUGUUUGUUUACAUCAUGGCUACCUUUGUUUUGGCUGUUUUUUCCACUAAAGUAUCAGUAAAUGAUCAAAAGUUAACAAUGGGCUAAUCAUUUAUUCUAUGCCUGCGUUUUAUAACUAUCGGAUUUCUAUUUCACAUCAAAACCUCUGAACGUAGUGUGGCUCAAUCCCUGCAACAUUUUCUGAAUUAUGACUGACAAUUGCUUGGAACCUGCUGGAGCCAUCAAGGCCAUUGACAAGAACUCGGUGCAUCAAAUCUGCUCUGGUCAGGUGGUGCUGACCUUGGCCACUGCUGUUAAAGAACUGGUGGAGAACAGUAUUGAUGCUGGGGCCACCAACAUUGAUGUCAAACUGAAGGAGCACGGAAUUGAACUUGUGGAAGUAUCUGAUAAUGGAAAAGGUGUCGAGGAGGCCAACUUUGAAGGAUUGACGUUAAAACAUCACACUUCAAAAUUGAGGGAUUUUUCCGAUCUCCUCCAUGUGGAGACAUUUGGCUUCAGAGGUGAAGCCCUCAGUUCUUUAUGUGCACUAAGUGACGUAAGUGUGGUGACGUGCCAUGAAUCCAGCACCGUCGGGACCAAGCUGGUCUUUGACCACAAGGGCCACUUGGUUCAGCGGCUACCUCAUCCACGGCAGCAAGGCACCACAGUCACCCUGCAGCAGCUCUUCCUAACCCUGCCCGUCAGACACAAGGAGUUCCGGCGCAAUAUUAAAAGGGAGUUCACCAAAAUGGUGCAUGUUUUGCAGUCUUACUGCAUCAUCUCUACUGGCGUGCGCAUUACCUGCUCCAACCAAAGUGGACAGGGGAAGCGCAACAUUGUUGUAAACACAAGUGGAAGCCAGAAUAUGAGAGACAACAUAGGAGCUAUAUUUGGACCCAAACAGCUACAGAACCUUCUGCCCUUUCAGCAUGUGCCUCCUAAUGACAACGUCUUGGAAGAAUAUGGUCUUGAGAACGCGGAACUCCCCCAAAAAUUAUUUUGCAUCACAGGCUUUGUGUCACAAGCAGACCACGGUGUGGGAAGAAGUGCCACAGACAGACAAUUCUUUUUUAUAAACAAGCGACCAUGUGACCCCCAAAAGGUGACCAAACUUGUGAAUGAAGUCUAUCAUAUGUAUAACAGACAUCAGUAUCCAUUUGUUGCCCUGAACAUCGAAGUUGCCUCAGAGUGUGUGGAUGUCAACGUUACCCCAGACAAGCGGCAGAUUCUCCUUCAGGAGGAGAAACUCUUAUUAGCCAUUUUAAAGUCUUGUCUCAUCAGCAUGUUUGAGGCCGGGGUCAAUAAAAUUAGUCUAAACAAUACUCUCAUUCCCAGCAGCGCGACUGCAUCUAAACAAUCUGAAGAGAACAUGUUUGAGUCUGGAGAUAACACACGACUCGUGACUGAGAGCCCGAAGUCAUCCCUGAACUUGGCUGAUCUAAAAGCUGCUUUUUCGAAUUACCACAACUCCAAUUCUGGUGUCAAGUCCAAUUUGUCAAAAGCUGCCAAUAAUUCUCCGGCGCAAAAAAACAUCAAGUCUUUCUUUAAAGACACUGGAAAAACUUCCUGUAAUCCAGGUGGGAAAUCUCCUUUAACCCUCAAGUGUAAUUUGAAGACAGGUUCCUCAGCAGGGAGGUCAGUUCUGGAUGGGUUCAGAUAUGGUAAAGGUCAUGACUCCAAGGACAUUGCUCCAUACAGUUUGGACAUUCCUUCACCAGAUAGUCAGAAUUGUGACCCACAUUCACCUGCUUUUGAUGUGGAAGAACCGAUCAUAAAAAAAGAAGCACCGACAGAGACAACCGAAGUUCUCCAGGAGUCUUACCUGCAAAUCGAACCAACCGCUGAGAGCGAGUGUCGCUCUUUGAGUCCAGAUUUGAAAAGAGCCAGAAAAGAGAAUCCAGAUUGUGCGGUGGAUGCUCCGAUCAGUUUACAGAAGAGGGCAGUGUCGCUCUAUUUCUCAUUGCAAGACCUGACUGGGAAGAUAAAAAGGUUACAGGACCGCAAGCAGAAGGAAAAAAACAGUGAGGAGCUUCAGUACCGACGCUUCAGAGCCAAAAUCAACCCGGGAGAAAGCCAAUGUGCAGAGGCGGAGCUGAAGAAGGAGAUCAGCAAAGACAUGUUCAAACAGAUGGAAAUUGUAGGCCAGUUUAAUCUGGGCUUUAUCAUCACCAAACUCAACUCGGACAUCUUCAUGAUCGACCAGCAUGCCACAGAUGAGAAAUACAACUUUGAAAUGCUGCAACAACACACAGUGCUCCAAGGACAAAAACUCAUUGUCCCUCAAAAACUUCACCUCACUGCAGUCAACGAGAACGUACUUAUGGAAAAUAUUGAGAUCUUUCAAAAGAACGGCUUUGAAUUUCAGAUUGAUGAAGAUGCUCAAGUGAUGGAGAGGGUCAAGCUGGUAUCUCUGCCCACAAGUAAGAACUGGACAUUUGGUCCUACCGACAUUGAGGAGCUGAUCUUCAUGCUCAGUGACAGCCCGGGGGUCAUGUGUCGGCCGUCACGCGUCAGGCAGAUGUUUGCCUCCAGAGCUUGUCGAAAAUCUGUUAUGAUUGGCACGGCACUGAGUACAAGCGAGAUGAAGAAACUGGUGGGUCACAUGGCUGAGAUUGAACAGCCAUGGAACUGCCCUCACGGGAGGCCCACCAUGAGACACCUGGUCAACCUGGAUCUCCUCUCACAAAAUUGAUCAAGAAGAAGCGCAAUCCUACUUGAUGAUUCACUUAAGAAUCAAAACCUGACCCCAAACAGAUACUGUGUAUAAUUUUUGUAAUUAUAUGUGAUUGUUGCAUUUUUACCUAUAAAUUCUUUUGAAAUGUUAUUUUAAAUGUUCCAUGACAUCACACAGUAUGAACAAAGAAAAAGAAAA